UUAAUAAAAAUGGUUGCUACUUUUGAAAAAUUAGUUAAAACCGAUGGAAAGGCUCCAGACGAUUUAGAGAAGCAGGUUGCAACUGCAAUUACUGAGCUUUCUCAAACGAAUGGUGAAAUCAAGAAUCAACUUAGUGAAUUAUACUUCGUUGGUGCUCAGCAAUUCGAGUUUGGCAACAAGAAGUGUAUCCUGAUUUGGAUUCCUGUUCCACAGCUGCGAGAUUAUCAGAAAAUACAUCCAAAGUUGGUAAGAGAGUUGGAGAAGAAAAUGAGUGGCUAUCAUAUUAUCUUCAUUGCAAAGCGUCGAAUUUUGCAAAAGCCACAACGUGGCAAGAAUCGAAAGCCACUUGGUCAAAAACGUCCUCGUUCUAGAACUCUUACUGCUGUACACGAGGCGAUUCUUCAGGAUGUUGUUUUUCCUGCUGAAGUCGUGGGUAAAAGGACUCGUGUCAAAUUGGAUGGCAAACAAAUCAUAAAGGUCCAUUUGGAUAAGGCUCAACAGACAACUGUGGAACAUAAGGUCGACACGUUCUCGUAUCUCUACAAGCGUUUGACUGGAAAGGAAGUGGUUUUUGAAUUUCCUGAGCCGUUGUUCUAA